AUGAUUACAUUUCUAUUGAUUAUUGUAGUUACUAAUGCAACAAAAAGUAUUGACAAUACAGAAGUUAUGCACACACAAAUAAAAUCAAAAGAGUACAAAAGAAUGUACAAAUUAUAUAAAGUACAUUUCAAAAGCGUAAAUGAAAUAGCAGAAGAAAAAGGACAAAGUGAAAAAUCUGUCAAAAAUCCAACAGAAUCACAAAAUGCAAAAUCGUCAGACAAAGUGCCAGUGAAUAUAAAACCAGAACAACCACAAUCAGCACAAAACCAACAACUCCAACCAACAGCUUCUGGAGAUACACAAACAAAAGAGUCAGUAAGUACAGCAGGACAAGGGACUGAAGAACAACAUAGUACAGGACAAGAAACUAGUAAAACAACCGAAAAAAAUACUCAAUCAUCUGGUGUAGCCAGUUCUACUGGAAAAGACCAAACAGCUAAUGCUGAUACAACAUCACCAAGCAGCUCAUCUACUAAUUCAAAGGGACAAGAUGCAGUUCAACCCAACAACCAAGGGAAUGAAGAAAGGGUAGAAGAGAAAGCUACAGAAAAAGAAACAAGUACAAAAGGGGAGGAUAGUGGCAAACAAUCUGGAAAAGAAGUAGGAAAAGAAGAAGCAAAGCCUACUGAACAAGCAGAUGAAAAAGAUAAAACAACACCACCCAGUGAACCUAAUGCCACCCACAACAAUGAACAAGGAGAAAAAUCAAAAAAUACCGAAAAAGAAGAAACAAAGGAUGAUACAGCAAAAGAUAAUGCAACAAGUGGAAAACAGACAGAUGGAACAGAUCCAAAAGAUGGAAAACAACAACCACAAGAUGAACAAGAACCAAAAACAAACAGUGAACAAGAUGGAAAGAAUAGUUCAGACAAAACUCCCAAAAUAAUUCCAGAAGAAAAACAAAAUAAUACUACAAAUCCAACAGACACUAAUUCUUCAAAUAAGACAGAUGAUAAAUCAAAUGAUAAUAGUAAUGAACAAAACGAGCAUCAUAAUAUGGAUAACGCUUCAACUGUUUUCAUUCUUCUCUCUAUUAUCAACCUAGCUUUGUUAUUUUAA